AUGGGCUCCACUUGCUGCUGUGAUUGCUGUGCUGUUUUGAUGGUGUCAAUGGUUCAUGUGCACAGCUUUCUUGUCGCUGCUGCUGGCCACCUCUGGUCUCUUUUUCUUCAGCUGGUUUUGCUGAUUUUCUCAUGGUCUCUCAGCGGUUCUUUCAUCUGCUUGACGCUGGCUAUUGGUCUGCUGCUGUGGGUUUCUCUGUUGCUGCUUCCUUCGGCAGUCAGCUGGGGAUUUGUUCUCAGCGGGCUCUCAGUUGCUGUGUUGGUUCUGGGCUUAUGUUCAUUCCUCAUGGUUUUCAUCAUCUCGCAGUUGCUGUCUCUUGGGUUUCCAGCUUUCCUCCAGCUGAAUUUUCUGGAUCUUCAGCUGGACUCUCAGCUGGCUUUUGCUGGCCUUCAUGUCCCAUUUUAUGUCCUUUUCUUUUUUGAUGGUUUAUGCCACAUUGGCUUCCUUGUUUUUGUUAAAGCCCGGCUUCCUUGCUUCUUGUAA